UCAACUGAUUCAACCGUCAAACCGUCAGAAUAUAUCGUUGAAGUAGCGGAGUCACUGCCAAACACCGCAAACAUGGAAUGGACCGCCAUGGAAAUCAACCCCGAGAUGCUGAACAAGGUGCGUAUGAAACGUUAGCCGCCGAGUAAUGGCGACAUGUUUGUAACCCUUUGAUCCAACUGUCAGGUAAGUUUGGGGAGGCAGUUGAACUGAGACCAGUGUUGUCAUAACCUCAGGUAACUACGCACCACCGUGUUAGUGCAGUUAUUGUAACCUGUGCUGACCUAACCUGACGUUCAUGUCAAUUUAAUGAGCGGCAGCAUCCUUCCAGGAGCUUCCCCCGGUGUCUAGGCUGAAGGGUGUGGUCUGAGUGGAGCGGCACAACGCAGCAUCUCUGAACGGCCUCGCCAGGCAUCAUUCAUCGAUGUCCGAUUGUUGUGCUGUUCGGUCAUCCAUUCAUCCGAGCGUGUUUCGUGUGUUUCAGAUGAUGAACAAGCUAGGCGUGGGUGAGAGCUGGCGCUUUGUUGACGUGCUAGGGCUGGAGGGCGAUCAGCUCUCCGCCGUCCCGAAACCGUGCUGUGCCUUGAUGCUGCUCUUCCCCCUGACGCAACAGCAUGAGUCUUUCAGAGCGCAGCAGGCAGACAAGGUUUCAGGAGGCUCUGAGGUUUAUUUCCUGAAGCAGACAAUAGUCAAUUCUUGUGGCACCAUCGCCCUGCUGCAUGCUGUGGCCAACAAUAAAGGCAAACUCAGUUUUGGUAAUGACUCUGCGCUGAAGAAAUUUCUAGAUGACACAGCAAACAUGUCUCCUGAUGACCGUGCCAAACAACUGGAGAAGAACCAGGCAAUCUGUGAGGCUCACAAUGAGGUUGCAGUGCAGGGACAGUGUCGGCCAGAGGCUGACAAAGUCAACUUUCACUUUAUUGCCUUUGUCAAUGUAGAUGGACAGCUUUAUGAAUUUGAUGGGAGAAUGAAUGGAGCAGUGAAGCAUGGAGUGACCAAAGCGGACUCCUUCAUAACGGAUGCUGCCAGAGUGUGUCGUGGAUUUAUGGAAAGGGAGCAUGGGGAAGUCCGUUUCUCUGCGGUUGCCCUUUGUCAGAGUUAGAUAUUCCACAGGACACCAAAUCAAGCCAAUUGUUAACCAAAAUGUCUUGGAGCAUCCACAUGACAAACACAAUCAACAGGCACCCAGAGCAGCCUGUUUGCACACACAUCUGCAGACACUAUGCACUAUAAAGCACAUAUUGUUUCCGCAUAUUGCUCUCAUCUCAUGAACAAAGCAUUCUUUAGUUUUAGCAAACGCACACACAAACACAAUCAAAACCUUUUGUUCUGCCGACGCUAACCGAUGCAAGCUUGUCCAAACUCUGUGAUUUCAUCUAGCCGUGGAAAUUGUAAAACAUGAGGUCAGGUUUCACCACUGCUUGGGUGCAUAUCUGUAUUUGUCUUUUUGGUACUUAUUUUCUUGUGUGUACUCACUGGUGCAUCUGUGUCAAACUCAGAAGUCCGAUGCUUAAAUACCUUUUGUGCCAAUAAGAGUGAGAUGGAAAAGGCGAACACUUGUUUGGGGAAACUUGUUUCCCUGUUCCUCUGAAUGCCUUUGGUCGCUGUGUGGUUGAGUUUAUAACGAUCUGACAUUCCUCAGAAUAGCCCAAAUGUAUCCGUAGGAAUAAUUUGACCAUUGUUCAGAGCAUGCUUGCAACCUUUUGAGCGACGUUCUGACAUUUUUCUGAAAAACUGAGGUUUUCUUUAUGAAGUUUGAGAAUCCGAGUUGUUCCCUUUAUUUAAUUCACUGCUGUUUUGACAAAUGCACUUUAUUUGAGUUGAGUUUACAAUCCACAAAUAGUUAAAUACACCUUAGGUGUGCUAGUUUACCACAGGUAAAGUGAAACUCCCAGUCAAGAAGGAGACCAUCCAAAUAAAGUGCUACUGUAUGUUGGGUUGUAGUCUUGUAGUGCAGGGUUAGUAGUAUUGUCUAGGCUGUGUUCAACUGUUUACCUUUCUGCACUUUCCAGAUCCUAUGUUGCUGUAGUUCUACUAGUAAUGCAGCUGUGGGAAUUCAAUAAAGCAACCAUUAAACUUC